AUGAGUGACCAAAUCAACGCUUUAUCAGUACAGCAGCAGCAGCAGCAGCAGCAGCAGGUCUACAUGUCCCCUCAAGCAGAAAACUUGAAUCACAUGUACUUGUUAGUCAACAAGCUAGUGAUCCAGUUGAGAGAAAAUCAAGCAGAAAAGGCAAAAAUACUAAGAAACAUAGACGUAUUAUCCGGGAAAUUAAGCAAGUAUGAGACGACGGAAGAACCUCAUGAUACCACGGAUAAUAUUGCAUUGUUCAAUAAAUUUCUAGAACAAAGAGAAAAGGCUGCUAUUACUGGGGAAGAGCAAUUAAGCGACGAUCUGGAUGAAAAUGCAAAGGAUGACGUUAUGCUAGGGGUAUUGAAGCGUCAAAAUACAAUGCUCCGGAAAAGUUUAGAGGAAUCGAAACAAAAAACCCUUGAAUCCAUGGACUUGUUGUCUUAUUCUGAAGAUUCACUAAAUUACAUCGUUGCUCAAUUGAGAGGAAACAUCCUAAUGCAUCAUAAAGAGACGACCAAAUUGAUUAGGCAGAAGUUUCAGGUGGAGACAAUUCCCCUCGAGGACAAAGAAUUCAAAAUGUAUUUGGAAAAUGUCAAUGAUCUGCAAAAGUUGACAGACAUAUCCCACGCUUACAGGCUACUACUGAGGCUACAUGCACAGGAAUGA